GCAACAUAGUGUAUUAAAAAAAAGUCUCAGUUUAAACAUGGUGGGACAAUGACCUUGGGUUAAAGUUUUUGUGUUUUGGCCCUUGGAUGCUUUGAUGAUCACAGGGGCCAUUAACAUGCCUGGCGUGGUCAGGGGUCAUCAAAGGGCAGCUGUCCACUAUAAAAGGUCUGAGUGGAGCACGCUGUGUUCACAGCAUCAUUUCAGUCUGAAAGCUGCAGGAGGAAGGAAGCCUUAGAGAGUUUACUGGAACAUGGAAACCAGGGUGUUGUUGAUGCUUUUCUACACAUUCUGCUUGCUCGGUGCGGUUCUUUCAUCUCGGAUCCGCAGACAUCAAACCCACCUCCAGAGCAGUUUAGCACCUAGAAAUAUGUCAACCAGUAAUCGCAGCAGAUACCCUCAGUACAUGCUGCAGCUGUACCACUCCUUCAAGGCUGCCGACCACAUCUCUGCUCUCGCUGUCAACACCAUUUCAACGCAAAGUGACGACUUGUCGGCGCACAGCUUUGACUCUGUUCUGAGCCUGGUGGCCAAAGGCUUCCAUCAAGUGGACGACAGAUGGAAGGUCACAUUUGACAUGUCAUCCAUCUCCGACGACGAGCUUGUUCUGCUGGCAGAGGUUCAGAUCCGACUUCCUGCCUUCUCUGCCUGCAAGCGUGCCACUGUAGACUUUUAUCACUCCGGGAAGCAGAGCUGUGACAGCAUGCCAUGCCAGGAGAAAGAGGUUUUCCUGGGGAGUUUUGGCACAACACCAAGCAGCACAAAGUCCUCAUGGAAGGUAUUUAAUGUGACUGCUAUGGUGAUUUACUGGCUACAGCACAGAGAUGGAGAGAUGAGCCAAGAAGCCUCAGGAGAGCCUGAGGUCGACCUGGGGAGUGGCACUGAAAACGAAGAAAACCUGAGCGAUUGGGCCACUAGGCAACGAAAAAUACAGCAUCCAACGUCAAACCGUGUCAUGAUGGUCAUCUUUUCCAAACACAAGACGCCCCAGGAAGGUCACGUUGCGUACAGUCUCAUUCAAACGGUGGAGAACUCAAAGUACGUGAAAAUGGACAGAGUCCGUCAGAGUCGGCGCCACAAGAGAAACCGAGUGCAGAGGAUGCGAGUUCCGGAUGGAGUCGCAGCAACAGCAGCUCCAGCAGCAGAACCUGCUCAGCGGCCGCUGUGUCGGAGGGUGGACAUGUGGGUGGACUUCGAGCACAUCGGCUGGGAUGAAUGGAUUGUUCAUCCAAAGCGUUACAAUGCCUAUCGCUGUGAGGGAGAGUGCCCCAUACCCCUGGAUGAGUCCUUCAACCCCACUAACCAUGCAUACAUGCAGAGCCUCUUACGACACCAUCACCCAGCGAGAGCUUCGUGCUCUUCCUGUGUGCCAACCCAUCUGAGCCCUCUCUCAAUGCUGUACUACGAGAACGAUGACUUGACCCUGCGGCACCACGAGGACAUGAUUGUUGAGGAAUGUGGCUGCCACUGAAGGACCCUGAGAUUUACUGUCCAACAUUAUAACUUUUACUUCCAGUUUUCUACUAAAA